AUGAAUCAUCAUGUAAAGAACAACGCCGUGCUGCUAGUAAGUAGCAACAAUUUCACUAUUUUCCUUCUGACGAAAAUGUCUCCGGCGACCAUCAAAUCGACUCGUAAUCUACGGAUAAUCCCCCUAAUUUUGGCAUUAUCAGCCGCCGCACUUUCUGAAGUCGACGGCUUAGGCGUCAACUGGGGCACGGCGGCGUCGCACCCUCUGCAGCCGCGGAAAGUGGUGGAGCUGCUGAAAGCCAACGGUAUCGCCAAAGUGAAGCUCUUCGACGCCGACCCGCAGGUCCUACAGUCGCUCUCGGGCUCCGGAAUCUGGGUCACCGUCGGCAUUCCGAAUUCCAUGCUUCGCGGCCUAAACUCGUCCUUGAAGGCCGCCGAGAGCUGGGUCCACGACAAUCUAACCCGCUUUGUCUCCGACGGCGCCUCCAGGGCUAAAGUCAAUAUUUGUUCUGUUUAUUAUAGCUAUGUAGCAGUUGGUGAUGAGCCUUUCCUCCAAACUUACGGUGAGCAGUUCUACCCGUUUCUUGUUGGAGCAGCUACCAAUAUCCAAACAGCUCUAAUUAAAGCAAACUUGGCCACAAGGGUGAAAGUCGUGGCUCCAUGCAGUUACGAUGCUUUCCUUUCCGAAUCCAAUCUGCCGUCAAAAUCCCAAUUCAGGCCUGAUAUCAACCGAACCAUGACCCAACUCCUCACUUUCCUGAACAGACACGAAUCUCCCUUUUUCGCAAGCAUGUCCCCUUUCCAGAGCUACCGCGAAAACAAGAACUUCACCCUCGACUUUGCUUUAUUCAGGAAUACGCACAAAAACAUUUUCGAUUUGAGUUUGGAUAUCAUCUCUGCUGCACUAUCGAAUGCUGGAUUCCCCCAAAUGGAGAUUGUGGUCGGUCAAAUCGGUUGGCCGACGGAUGGUGCACCUAAUGCCACAUCAUCAAAUGCUGAGGAAUUCAUGAACGGUUUGACCGGCCACCUUCGCAACACCCAGCCGGGAAAAUCCUCAAAGCGCCAGGUGUCAUCGCCUACAGAGGUUUACAUACUUAGCCUCUUGGAUGAGGAUGAGAGGAGCAUAGCCUCUGGGGACUUCGAACGCCAUUUGGGCCUGUUCACCUUCGACGGGCAGGCUAAAUAUCGGGCCGAUCUUGGGCAGGGCCCGAAACCGCUCGUGAAUGCUGUGGACGUACGGUACCUCUCGGCUAGAUGGUGUGUGGUCGACAACAACAAGGACUUGUCGAAUGCGACUAGCCUCGCUCGUGAGGCAUGUGCGGAAGGUGCUGACUGUACUGCACUAUCUCCUGGCAGCUCUUGCUCGGGCCUGGGCUGGCCCGGAAAUAUUUCUUAUGCAUUCAAUAGUUUUUACCAGCAGCAUGAUCAGAAUCUUGAGAGUUGUGAUUUCGGGGGCUUGGGUUUGGUGACUACUGUAGAUCCUUCGGUGGGUUCUUGCAGGUUUUUUGUUGGGCUGAGUAUGUCUUUCGCGGGCCCACAUGGGCCCGGGCCUUUUUCGUGGAUGGUUUUGCUAGUGACGACUAUUUCUUUGUGGGUACUUGUCGAGAGAUGGUAG